AUGGCACAACUUAAUAACCAGGGGUCACGGUGGUGGGAAGUGAUGAACAACAACAAAGACGAGCUUACUCUAACCAUUUCAGCAAUGGUUUUGACUGUUUUGUGGUACAGAUGGACAUCUUUAAGCUCCUCCAAUGGUGGACCACCAUUGCCACCUGGUCCCCGUUCAUUGCCAAUUUUCUAUCUCGGGAGCAAACUUCAUGUGGUGAUAAGCACACCUGAGCUAGCAAAGGUGGUGGUUCGUGAGCAGGAUGAGAUCUUUGCUAACCGGAAUUCAACAAUUGCAGCUUUAACAAUCACUUAUGGGGGUCAAGAUAUAGCAUUCUCUGACAACAACUCAGAUUGGCGUAACCUUCGCAAGAUUUUUGUCCAUGAGGUCCUAAGCAACAAGAAUCUCGAAGCAUCCAGGUAUUUUCGAAGGGAUGAAGUUAGGAAAACUAUCAAGAAUGUAUAUAGUAAAAUUGGAACCUCAAUCAACAUUAGCGAGAUUGCUUUCUUGACAGAGGCCAACGUCCUAAAGAGCAUGGUUUGGGGAGCUCAAAAACCAAACGGUAGCCAUUUUGGAGCAGAGAUGCAGAUUGUUUCAGCGAAUAUUGUUGAGCUCAUGGGACAGCCGAAUGUGUCUGAUAUCUUCCCUAGUCUUGCAUGGCUUGAUCUACAAGGCGUGGAGCGGAAUAUGAAGAAGCAACUUCAUCUCUUGGAUCAAAUAUUCACAACCAUUAUUGACGCGGAAAAGUUGUCUCCAAAAUUAGCAAGUGGCAAAUAG